AUAGUACGAAAUUCCCGAUCGCUCGACGAAACCUUUCGGGCCUGAGUGAGUUCCACGAGGCGGGAUCGCUCUCGGAGAGGUUGUGGACGCCUCAGCUGGGGAAUCGCUUGCAUCUCUGGACGAGGAGACGGGAGAAGAGGCGCCUGUCGUGGGUCCUGCCGUGAGAGGUGUGUGUGUGUUUUGAAGACCCAGAUAUAUGGCCACGAAAAAGCAAAUCAAGAUUCAAAAGCGUCAAGAGUUCAAGAACAUGGUCCUUCGCUUCCUUCGAGACAAGGAAGGUCCGCAGCGUCGGGAUCAGAUAUUGACAGACGUCUGUGCCCAGGAGAAACUGUGCAAGGAUGAGCGGAAUUCAAUGAACCAAGUCAUUGAGACUAUGGUCGAGCGAGGAACGAUCUCGCUGAAAUUCGACGCGGACCAGAGGCAGUGCGUCGAAAUUAACGACGCAACACAGACCAUAACUAAAGUCAAGCCAAAGAAACCCCGACCUCGCCGCGGGAAGGCCAUCCGAUUCCAGAGGGAACGCAGAAGAGGUCCGCAGCUGCCGUCGACGUCCACGUCCGAGGCGGGGACGCUGCCCGAUUUCGACCUCGAGAGUGGGGAUGAAUCAGAUGAGGACUAGUUCCGUAAUUGUGGCUCUGUGCCUGAAGACAGAGACUUGGAGCCGGUCUAUCUGCAGGAUGGCUCGUGUGCCGCCAUGAUUUACAUGGUCAUUUCAAAUAUUCUGCCCUUUUUUUUUUCUUUUUUUUUAAUGUUCCUUGCAUUUUCAUUUACUGCUAGUGUUCGUAGAUUUUAUUUAUUAAAAAUUACCACAUACCACAAAAAAUCCAAGUAAGGUGUAAAGUGUUUUAUUCUUAACAUAU